CUCUUGCCACACCUCCAGCUCCGGGUGCACGACUUCUGCCGGGUGCAGGACUUCUGCCGCAUCCAGGACUUCUGCCGCCUCCGUCGGCCUCCGUUCAGCCCCUGAACCGGGGUACCAGGGCCUCGGGUAGUCCGUCAUCUGGAGCUCCCUGAAUCAGGGUACCAGGGCUGCGGUGAUCCGUGUGCAGGACUUUCUACCUCCGUCAGGCUCCUCCCAGCCCCUGAAGGAUACCAGGAUCACCUGAACCAGGGUACCAGAGCCGCAGUGGUCCGUCGGGCUCCUUCCUGAACGGUACCAGGGCCCCGCUGGUCCGUGUGCAGGAUUUCGGCCUCUGUUGGCUCCUCUCAGCCCCUGAAGGGUACCAGGGCCACCUGAACCAGGGUACCAGGGCUCCGUUCAGCCCCCGAAGGGUACCAGGGCCAUCUGAACCAGGGUACCAGGGCUCCUCUCAGCCCCCGAAGGGUACCAGGGCCGCGGUGGUCCCUCAGGACCUGGAGGUCCCAUGAGGUCCACCUGAGACCCCCCCCCCUGGAUUUACGUUCGGGUCCUUAAACCGUCGUAGACGAUGCUGGGAACCGCCGGCCUGGUGCUGCUGCUAGCCGCCGCCUCAACGGCAGCUGGAAUCAGAGGCGGCAGCAUCAGAACGGACCCGGGACUCAGAACGGACCCGGGACUCGUACCGGAGACCUCCAGCUCCCUGAUGGAUCUGCUGAAGGCGUCCGGCAGCAGCAGAAGCUCAUCUUUAGCGUCCGGCAGCAGCAGAAGGUCAGCGUUAGCGUCCAGCUCCGGUCGAUCCAGGAGGUCGGUGUUUCUCCAGUCCGGAGUGAGGAUCUGCCCCCAGGAGAGUCUGGAGGAGGUGCUGGCCAGCCACCAGAACUACUACCAGCUACGAGUGUGCCAGGAGGCCGUCUGGGAAGCCUUCAGGAUCUUCCUGGACCGGAUCCCGGGGACGUCGGAGUACCAGAGAUGGGUCCAUGUGUGUCAGCAGGAGUCGCUGUGCAUCUCCGACCUGGCCAGGAACUUCAGCAGCUCCGAGGAACAUCUGAGUCUGAUAACCAGGAGGAUAAACCGGAUCAAGGACCGACAACCUCCAUCUCGAGUCGUGGUGACUCCGGUUCCGGCUCAGAAGCUCCCGGAGGUCGCAGGUCCAGCUGCCGAGCUAACGACUGCUCCGGCUAACUCUGACAUCAUUGCUAGCCCCGCCCCCCCGGGAACCCCCCAGGAACCUGUACAGGACUCGGAGCUCCUCAACGUCUCCGUCCUCCGGGACGGAGAGCUGCCCAACGCGGUGCCGGAGAGCCUGAUGGUGCAUGUGGUGGAGUUCAGCAUCGACCUGGUGGAUCCGAGCUACCGGGAGCUGCUGGACGACCCGGACUCGCCCCAGUACGUGGACCUGGCCCAGCACCUGCAGGACCAGAUGCUGCAUGUUUUUGACAAACUUCCAGGAUUUAAAUCCAUCAGUGUUCUGGGGAUCAGCGAGAGGCAGGAUGCUGGAGGGUCUGAGGGAAUCUCCGUCCACUUCUCUCUGGUGUUUGAGAAUCAUCACCCCCGAUCCAACCCGGAGACCAGCGCCAACCCGGAGACCAGCGCUAACCCGGAGACCAGCGCUAACCGUUCGUCCGCUAACUCCAGACUCCAGGAACUGGUGGCCGAAGCUCUUCAUGAGGAGACGUCUCUGCCGCUGGAUCUGGACUCCCUGAACUUCCAGCCAGAAGUCAUCGUCCUGCCAGUGCUGACAACCUCCUCAGUAGAAGUAGUGCCAGAGUCCAGCGAGCCGGAUUCCCACAACGAGUUUGAAGUUUUGAUCAAAGAAGCAGAGAUGGAUGAAUCUCAGCCGUCGGUUCCUCUUCCCCCCCCGGAGAAGGAGAACUCGCUGGUGACUCUGCUGGACUCCACACCGGUCGCUGGCGAGGAGACGGACUCCACGCCGGUCCCUGACCAGGAGACGGACUCCACACCGGUCCCUGACCAGGAGACGGACUCCACACCGGUCCCUGACGGGAAUCCAGGGGAGACAAGUGACUCCACGCCGGUCCCUGACGGGAAUCCAGGGGGGACGAAUGGGGCGACACCCAGCGGUGAUGAUCUACCGCCUCUAGACGUUAACGAUGAGUCCAAAGAAUCCAAUCCAGAGCAGGAAGAAGAGGAACCGAUCAUUAUCACACACGAAAUUGAGACCAUUCACGUGGAUGAAACCGGAGAGCUGGUGCGGGACUACGUACCGACGCCUACGGUGGUUCUGGAGACGGUUUCCUCGGAUACGACUCUGUCUCCCAACCUGCUGCCAGAAGAAGACCUGACUCCCGUCGAUGAGCAGAGGGAACAUCCCGGUAUUGAUCUGAUUCCUGUUACUCCAACCAUGGAGCCGGCAGAACUUCAGCAGGACCAGGACCACAACGCUCUUCCAGAUGAAGAGAACUCAGACCUGGACGUUCUCCAACCUCACGAACCUGAAGACGACAAGUUUCUGGAAGCUUUGCAACCGGAACCUGAAGAGGUCGACGUUUCUGAACCAGUGGAAGAAAACACAGAGAUAACGGAACCAGAUGAAGGAACCGUUGAGAUAUUAGAGCCAGAAGUAGGAACCGUUGAGAUCUUAGAACCAGAUGAAGGAACCGUUGAUGAAGGAACCGUUGAGAUCUUAGAACCAGAUGAAGGAACCGUUGAGAUCUUAGAACCAGAUGAAGGAACCGUUGAGAUCUUAGAACCAGAAGUAGGAACCGUUGAGAUCUUAGAACCAGAAGAAGAAACCGUUGAGAUCUUAGAACCAGAAGUAGGAACAGUUACGAUCUUAGAACCAGAAGUAAAAAUAGUUACGCUCUUAGAUCCAGAUGAAGAUGUUGAGGAAUUUCCACAGUCGGCUGAAGAAGUUCCUGCAGAUUCAGGAAACCACGAGAAAGAUCUAGAAGUUUCAGAAACAAACGACUCAUCAGAACCUUCAGAGACAGAAAAAGAAGUUGUUGAAUUAUCAAAUCCAGACGAAGGAAUAUCUGAAGUUUCUGACGAAACAAUAACCGAGGAAACACAACCUGAGGUCUCUGAGGAAACUGAGGUCUCUGAGGAAACUGAGGUCUCUGAGGAAACUGAGGUCUCUGAGGAAACUGAGGUCUCUGAAGAAACAAUAACUGAGGUCUCUGAGGAAACUGAGGUCUCUGAAGAAACAAUAACUGAGGUCUCUGAGGAAACUGAGGUCUCUGAAGAAACUGAGGUCUCUGAGGAAACAAUAACUGAGGUCUCUGAAGAAACUGAGGUCUCUGAGGAAACUGAGGUCUCUGAAGAAACAAUAACUGAGGUCUCUGAGGAAAUUGAGGUCUCUGAAGAAACUGAGGUCUCUGAGGAAACUGAGGUAUCUGAAGAAACUGAGGUCUCUGAGGAAACGAUAACUGAGGUAUCUGAGGAAACUGAGGUCUCUGAUGAAACUGAGGUCUCUGAGGAAACUGAGGUCUCUGAGGAAAUUGAGGUCUCUGAGGAAACUGAGGUCUCUGAUGAAACUGAGGUCUCUGAGGAAACUGAGGUCUCUGAUGAAAGUGAGGUCCCUGAGGAAACUGAGGUCUCUAAGGAAAAUGAGGUCUCUGAAGAAACUGAGGUCUCUGAGGAAACUGAGGUCUCUGAAGAAACUGAGGUCUCUGAAGAAACAAUAACUGAGGUCUCUGAAGAAACUGAGGUCUCUGAAGAAACUGAGGAAACUGAGGUCUCUGAGGAAACUGAGGUCUCUGAAGAAACAAUAACUGAGGUCUCUGAAGAAACUGAGGUCUCUGAAGAAACUGAGGUCUCUGAGGAAACUGAGGUCUCUGAGGAAACUGAGGUCUCCGAGGAAAUUGAGGUUUCUGAAGAAACUGAGGUCUCUGAGGAAAUUGAGGUCUCUGAGGAAACUGAGGUCUCUGAAGAAACAAUAACUGAGGUAUCUGAAGAAACUGAGGUCUCUGAAGAAACUGAGGUCUCUGAGGAAACUGAGGUCUCUGAGGAAACUGAGGUCUCCGAGGAAAUUGAGGUUUCUGAAGAAACUGAGGUCUCUGAGGAAAUUGAGGUCUCUGAAGAAACUGAGGAAACUGAGGUCUCUGAGGAAACGGUACCUGAGGUCUCUGAGGAAACCGAGGUAUCUGAAGAAACUGAGGUCUCUGAGGAAACUGAGGUCUCUGAGGAAACUCUACCUGAGGUCUCUGAAGAAACUGAGGUAUCUGAAGAAACGGUACCUGAGGUCUCUGAAGAAAAUGAGGUCCCUGAGGAAACUGAGGUCUCUGAGGAAACUGAGGUCUCUGAAGAAACAAUAACUGAGGUCUCUGAGGAAACUGAGGUCUCUGAUGAAACGGAGGUCUCUGAGGAAACUGAGGUCUCUGAAGAAACAAUAACUGAGGUCUCUGAGGAAACUGAGGUCUCUGAUGAAACGGAGGUCUCUGAGGAAACUGAGGUCUCUGAAGAAACAAUAACUGAGGUCUCUGAGGAAAAUGAGGUCUCUGAAGAAACUGAGGUCUCUGAGGAAACUGAGGUCCCUGAAGAAACUGAGGUCUCUGAAGAAACCGAGGUCUCUGAGGAAACUGAGGUCUCUGAAGAUACAAUAACUGAGGUCUCUGAGGAAACUGAGGAAACUGAGGUCUCUGAGGAAACUGAGGUCCCUGAAGAAACUGAGGUCUCUGAAGAAACUGAGGUCUCUGAGGAAACUGAGGUCUCUGAAGAAACUGAGGUCUCUGAGGAAACUGAGGUCUCUGAAGAAACUGAGGUCUCUGAAGAAACUGAGGUCUCUGAAGAAACGGUACCUGAGUUCUCUGAGGAAACUGAGGUCUCUGAGGAAACUGAGGUCUCUGAAGAAGCGGUACCUGAGGUCUCUGAGGAAACUGAGGUCUCUGAAGAAACUGAGGUCUCUGAAGAAACUGAGGUCUCUGAAGAAACUGAGGUCUCUGAGGAAACGAUAACUGAGGUCUCUGAGGAAACUGAGGUCUCUGAGGAAACGAUAACUGAGGUCUCUGAGGAAACUGAGGUAUCUGAGGAAACGGUACCUGAGGUCUCUGAGGAAACGAUAACUGAGGUCUCUGAGGUCUCUGAGGAAACUGAGGUCUCUGAGGAAACGGUACCUGAGGUCUCUGAGGAAACACUACCUGAGGUCCCUGAGGUCUCUGAAGAAACUAUAACUGAGGUCUCUGAGGAAACGGUACCUGAGCUCUCUGAAGGAACAGUACUUGAGGUCCCUGAGGUCUCUGAGGAAACUGAGGUCUCUGAAGAAACUGAGGUCCCUGAGGAAACUGAGGUCUCUGAAGAAACUGAGGUCUCUGAGGAAACUGAGGUCUCUGAGGAAAUUGAGGUCUCUGAGGAAACUGAGGUCUCUGAGGAAACUGAGGUCUCUGAAGAAACUGAGGUCCCUGAGGAAACUGAGGUCUCUGAGGAAACUGAGGUCCCUGAGGUCUCUAUCGUUCAUUUCUUAGAAACUCUUCCAGAAGAGGAGACCGUUGAGAGGUUAGAACUUGAACCGGAGAAGGAUCUUACAGUUCCACCGGCUGAAUCAAUCGAUGUCCUUCAAGACCUGGAUGAAGGUCUGGACUCUGAAGAUCUGGACUCUGAAGAUCUGGACUCUAAAGAUCUGGACUCUGAAGAUCUGGACUCUAAAGAUCUGGACUCUGAAGAUCUGGACUCUGAAGAUCUGGACUCUGAAGAUCUGGACUCUGGAAGGGAAGAAAAUAUGGACUAUGGAUAUCUGGACUCUGGAGAUCUGGACUGGGAAGAUCUGGACUCUGAAGAUCUGAACUCUGGAGGGGAAACUGAAAACUCACCUGAGGACCAGAACUCCAUCACUGACGUCCUGGAGGAGAGAACUGCUGCUGUCGUCACGGCAACCGACACAACCGAGAGUGAUGAUCACCUGGAAACAUCUGACCAGGCUGAUCUUCACCUGGAAACAUCUGACCCAGCUGAUCUUCCCCUGGAAACAUCUGACCCAGCUGAUCUUCCCCUGGAAACAUCUGACCCAGAAGUGACGACUGCAGACGAGCAGGAUAUUUCAGAGGGAACUGAAGUCGAUGAAGAGACAGAAAACAUCGUCAACGCCGACCCAACACUCCCAACGGCUGGUCUCUCCUCGGCUGAUGUUUCAGUCAACCCAACUGGAGAUUCUGGACUCCUGGAGAUAGAACAGGAAUCCAUAAAUCCAGCUUCUGAUGGUUCUCCGGUGGAGGACGGAACCGAGCAAGAGGAGCCGAUGGAGGAGGAAGAACCAGAGGAGGAACCUGAAAGCAGCACCAGGACACCAGAACCAGAGGAGGAAGUUAUUGUGUUGGAGGUUCCUGGUGACCUGGACCAGACUAGCGUAGCACCAACAGAGGAACCAGAACGUAGCACCGUUAGCUUCACAGAUGCCCCGCCCCCUCCGUACCUGACCACGCCCACCAUGACGGCGGCGGGUCACGGCCAGGAGCUGGUCGUCUUCUUCAGCCUGAGAGUCACCAACAUGAACUUCUCUGAAGAUCUCUUCAACAGGACGUCGUCCGAGUACCGGUCCCUGGAGAACACCUUCCUGGACGUGCUGCUGCCGUUCCUGCAGGCCAACCUGACGGGCUUCCAGAAGCUGGAGAUCCUGAACUUCCGGGCCGGCAGCGUGGUCGUCAACAGCAAGAUGAAGUUCUCCACGGUGGUUCCGUACAACGUCACUGAGGCCGUCCACUGCGUUCUGGAGGAGUUCUGCCAGUCGGCGGCCCGGAACAUGCAGAUCCAGAUCGACACCCGGUCCCUGGACGUGGAGCCAGGCGACCAGGCCGACCCCUGCAAGUUCCAGGCGUGUGACGAGUUUUCCCGCUGCAGCGUGAACAGCUGGACGAAGGAGGCCGAGUGUCGGUGCCGGCCGGGUUUCCUGUCGGUGGACGGGCGUCCCUGUCGCAGCGUCUGCGAGCUGCAGCCGGACGUCUGCCGGGGACGAGGGGAGUGUGAGGUGGAGCCGGGACGGGGAGCCGUCUGCAGGUGA